UGGCAUCACCAGUGCGCAUCAUACUCGGAAGUGGGCGUGUUGUCGGAAGGAGAGAUUAAAGUGGGUCACCGUAAUCCCUCACAGACUGCUCUAUAUAUUGAAUAUAUUAUGUUAUAUAUAAUAUCAUAUAUAUUAUGUAGUAUCACAGCCUGAGGAAGGAUGGAGACAGAGAACCUCAGCGAGGCGCGGCGGGCACAGAGCCGCGAGACGCAGACCGACUACAUACCACAAGGUCAGGUCCCCCGGUUGUGUCAGGCCAACCUGUUCACCCUCCUCAGCCUGUGGAUGGAAAGGUUCCCCAGAGAGACUUCUGAAGACCACGACCCGGAGGUUCGGCCCUGUGGUCUGGUUGUGGUCCGUGGGGGCCGGGUCAGGGGCCUCCACGUCUCGGGGCCCCUCCUCCAUGCGGGCCAGGAGGCGGUGCUCCGCCAUGGGGGGGCGGGGCUAGAGGGCAGCCAGCUCUACUUCUCCAGACGGCCGUGCUCUGCCUGCCUCAAGAUGGUGGUCAACGCGGGGGUGAUUCAGGUCUUCUUCUGGCCGGGGGACCCGGAGGUCAGCGUGCUCUCGGGUCGCGGUGUGGACCGGUCCCCCGCCCCAGGUCCGGGUGUGGGGCCCAGCCCGGAGGCCCUGCUGGACCUGGGGGCGGUGGAGAGGCUGCGGGCGGGAGGCGGGCCCCCGGUGGUCGUGGCCCUGCGGCCCCUGGCCCCCGGUCUGCCCCAGUACGUGGAUCUGAAGGCCAGGACCUCCGACUUCAUGGAGCGGGUCCAGGAAGACCAGCCGGAGCAGGACGGAGACGAGCUGUUCAGGAGGCAGCGGAGGAGUCACCUCCAGGAGCUGUCCCGGGCGUUCCUGGUCCCGUGUGAGCGGGAGCACCGGGCGGUCCUGGAGCUGCUGGGUCUGGAGGCCUUCUGCCAGGACCCAGACCUCUCUACCCUGAGGAGCAGCAUGCUGCAGCUGGUGGAGCUGCUGGCCUCCGUCAGCGCAGGGCUGCCCCUGCUCCACCACGGCUUCUACUGCGCCGGGGAAGACGCUUCACCCAGGGCCCCGGCGCCCCCAGCAUGGCUCUCUAAGGAGAGUCCAGACGUGGCCCCCAGGGGCCCGGUCCCCCCGCCCGUCUCCCAGGCUGUGGCUCGCCACUGCAUCAUCCAGGCCACGCUGCUGGCCUUCAGGACAGAGGACCCCAAGGUGGGCGUCGGUGCCGUGAUCUGGGCCCAGGCGGAGUUGGACGGUGGGGACGGGACUGGCCGACUCUACCUGGUGGGCUGUGGCUACAACGCCUACCCAGUGGGCUCCCAGUACGCCCAGUACCCACAACUGGACACCAAACAUCCGGACCGUGGGAGGACCAAGUAUCGAUACAUCAUCCACGCUGAGCAGAACGCCUUAACCUUCAGGAGCCGGGAGGUGUGCCCCAGACAGCGGCUCCUGCUCUUCGUCACCAAGUGCCCGUGUGACGAGUGUGUUCCUCUGAUCCGGGCGGCGGGCGUGACUCACGUCUUCACCUCGGACCAGGACGCCGGCAAGGACAAGGGGGACAUCUCCUACCUCCUCUUCAGGGGCCCCAUCGGGCCCUCCAGGCUGACGUGGCAGAAACGCCCCCUGCUGUCCCCCAGCCUAACCAAUGGUUGUGUUGGAAAGCGCCGCAGAUCCCCCAGCAACCAGGAUCACCACGACGACAAGAGACUCUGUAUCCCAGACAUGACCCCUGACCUCUCCUCCCCCCUCCCCCCCCCACCUUAGGAAGGUGGAGCUCAAUCUCUCUCCACCUCUCCUCCAUCAGGACCCCCACCUCUCCAUCAGGACCCCCACCUCUCCUCCAUCAGGACCUCCACCUCUCUUCCCCUUGGAGGACCUUAUGAAGGUGGAGCUCCCCCUCCACCUCUCCUCCGUCUCCUAACUGAAGUGGAUAGCUGGACCUUCUGUAACUGAUCUUGCCCACUUUACUUGAAGGCAUCUCUUCCCGUUGAGUGUGGAUCAAAACAUUGAGAAGAAUAAGAAUAAGAACUAUAAUCACUAGAGCUGUAAUACUUAUUCACUUAUUCACCGUAUCACAAGAAGGUUUUUAGAAUACGUUAGAUUGUUUAACAUUUUAAGUGUCAACUAUUUUUGUGGUGGAGUGCUGCUGCAGAGAAGUGAAACCAGGGUGGCCAACUUUGAGACUUUGGCUGGAGUAA